GACCAUGCCCAUUAACAGCUGACAAGCCGGCCUUGUGUGCAGUUUUCACAUUGUUUUUCGAAAUUCGUUGAAAUUAAAAAUUAUGCGUCUAUUGGUACUCUAUGGCAGUCAAACUGGCACCGCCCAAGAUGUGGCCGAACAGAUAUGGCGCGAAUCGCGCCAAUGGGGUUUCCAGGGCCCAGUGCUCGCGUUAGAGGACUACAAUAUACAGCAGCUCAUCGAGGAGCGGCUCGUGAUAUUUGUGGUGGCCACAACGGGUGAUGGCAUGGAACCUGACAAUAUGAAACAGGCCUGGCGCUUUCUACUCAAGCGCAGCUUGCCGAGCAACUCACUGGAUGGUCUGCAAUUCGCGUGCCUUGGAUUGGGUGACUCCAGUUACUCAAAAUUCAACUAUGCCGCCAAAAAGUUGCACAAACGUUUACUGAAUCUGGGUGCGAAUUCUGUGUGUCCCCUGGGAUUGUGUGAUGAUCAGCAUGACUACGGACAUUUGGGCACAUCUCUUGCUUGGACAGCGGAUCUCUGGCAGACGCUAAGUGGCACAUUGGCGGUGCACAAGCAAGAUGAGGUCACCGAGGUGAGGAGAUGGAAUGUGCGUGUGCUGGAAGAAAAGCCUGCUGUGAAUGAGGAGCGCCUGCAUUGGACACAAAGGCAGGAGUCUCUCAUAUUUAAACUGAUCGAGAAUCAGCGCACAACUGCCGCGGAUCACUUUCAGGAUGUGCAUUUGCUACGACUCAGCAACGAGCAGGCAACCUGGCAACCUGGCGAUGUUCUCGACGUGCAGCCACAAAACAGCGCUGAACAUGUCCGGGAGUUCUUUGAGUUGCUCAAGGAACACAAGCUCGAUUUCAAUGCCAGAACUGUGGUCGAAGUGAGUAGCGCCCACAAAGAUUUACCUCUCCCUUUGGCCUAUGCGUCGCCCAUCUCACUGCAGCAGGCUGCCAGAUAUAUUUGGGAUUUGAGCGCCAGGCCGCGGCAGCGCUUUCUCGAGGUGCUCGCCCAGAACUGUGAGGAUGAGUUGGAACGCGAAAAACUCCUGGAAUUUUGCACAGCCGAAGGUCUAGAGGAUUUAAUAGCCUAUGUGAAUAGGCCACGUCGCAUGGUGUUGGAGCUGCUGCAGGAUUUCAGGCAUGCGAUGGCUAAGCUGACGCUGAUGCAGCUCUUUGAGAUGAUGCCAUUGAUACAAACGCGCAGCUUCUCCAUUGCCUCCGAUGUCUCGACGGGCACACUCGAUCUAUUGGUCGCUGUGGUCAACUAUAAGACCAUAAUGCAGGCGCCACGAUUGGGUCUAUGCUCCAAUUGGCUGAGUGGUUUGCAAACAGAAAACGAGCUACGUGGUUUCAUCAAGCCGGGCACGAUGAGCUGGCCCAAGGAGUUGGACACACCACUGAUUAUGAUUGGACCUGGCACUGGAAUUGCGCCCUUUCGCAGCAUUAUUCAGCACAGGUUGCAUUUAGAUCAGACGGGGAGAAAUGUGGGUAGACUCGUUGUGUUCUUUGGUUGCCGCAACCAGACCCAGGAUUAUCACUUUGAGCAAGACUUCAAGACGUGGCGGGAUAAUCAAAGUGUUGAGGUGCAUGUUGCCUUCUCGCGAGAUCAAGAGAAUAAAGUUUAUGUACAGCAUCUGAUCAAAAAGCGCGCCGCGUUUCUAGCUAAGCUCAUCCGUGAAGAAAACGCUUAUGUCUAUGUGGCAGGCAGCUCGAACAAUAUGCCAAAAGCAGUCAGGGAAGCAUUCAUUGAGGCACUCGACAACGAUGCCGUCUACAUGGAGCAAAUGAUAAAACAGCGACGCUAUCAGGAAGAAACCUGGGCCUAAAGAAUUAACCGACCAAAGGAGUAUUUAACUAUCUCUCUGAUUCCUAGUUUACAAAUGCAUAAUUAUAAGUUUAUAUAUUCAAUUUGUUGGACGGACUUUGUAAAUACAUCACUUUUAACAAUA